CCAUGUCCGGUAUUCACGAGCAUUGUUGACUUUCUGAACGAGUGCGAUACAGAACCGAUUGAUGCAAAGGUAGACAGAUAUACAAAAGGUCUCGAGAAAAUCGCUAACAAUCAACAAGGAGAAAGGGGUGAAAGAGCACAAUUGCUUCUCAACUUUAAAAAGGCAAAUGAAAAUUUAAUUUUUAUUGAAUCAAUGAAAAAGUGGCGUGAACGGAGGCUUUCUAGGUUGCCGCCAGUAACAAAUCGUGUACCAAAAAGAGAUCAUGAAGAAUCCGACGACGAUUUCAUGCUUGUCCGUGAACCAAAGCGGAAAAAGCAGUUAUCUAUUUCGAAAAAGGAUAAAGAAUCUAAGGAACAAGUUAAAUCUGAGAAGGAUGAGAUCAGUGUUUUUUUUCAAAGUUCCUCUGAGCAAAUAGCGUCAAAUCUGCAGAAAGCAGAUGUUUUAGAUAAACAUGAUUUGAAGCACAUUAAGCAAGAUAGUUCUAAACGAUUAUGUGAGGGUGUGCGCGAUAAUGAAGGACGGUUCAAUAUUACCAUUAGGUCAUUGGAUUAUGAUUAUAGUAUAGAAGAUACAGAUUAA